AUGGUAUCAGCUGAAGAGGCCAAAUCCGUUCUCAAACCACUUUUUGAUGCUUGCUUGAAAAGUAGGGAUGAGCAUGACUUUGAAACGGCUGUUGCACACUUCGAUCCCAAUGCUGUAUUUGUGCAGAAGGGAAAGAGGAUAAUUUUUGGAAGAGACCAACUGAAAAAGGAGCACACUGCUUUCAAAGAGAUAACUGGUAAAAGAACAGAAAAGAUCACCAAUGAACAAUAUGCAUUGUGUGGGGAUUUCGGUGUAGUCCGCGCCGACUAUGAAAUACAAACGGAAAAAGUCGGUGAGCUCAAAGGAAACUUCAUGCAGCUCUGGCGCAAAUCCGACGGAAAGUGGCUGGUUCUACACGAAGAAUUUUCGAUGGAUCUGGAAUUUUGA